AACCAUUAGUGAAAAAUAUUGUAAAAAUGGUUGUUGAGGAGGUUGUACAAGACCUGAGAACAGUCCAAGAAAAACAGCAAAAGCAUAGAUCAUAUCUUUGUCAUUCUGGCCUUAAAAAAGCAAUAUUUGUGCUUCUAGAAGAAUCCGUGAUUGAUGAAAAGGUGAUUGAAGAAUAUGAUAACAAAAGAAAAAAGAAUAGAAUCAUUAGUAAGAUGAAUGAAAAAAAAAUCAAUAGAAAUAAACCUGAUAAAGAAUACAUACCUGAUAUUCAAAUAGUAGAUAAUGAAGAUCUAGAAG